CACAUGCAUUAUCACCUUUCACUGUAAAGAAAAAGCAACAUAGUUGUUAUCACUAACCCAAUUUCCUAAUGUUGUACGAAAUGGUUUGUAUAAAUAUGGUUCAUAUGUUGGUAAAAUCAAUACAUUUCUUUUAACAAGGAAAAGUAACACAUUACACCAUGUCUCGCUUUGCCAUCCUCGCCCUCGCCCAGGCUUGCCUCAUUCAGAUGGCUCUGAGCCAACAGUGUGGGUGUAAUCAAAUCUCUUACGGAUCCCCCGGACUUUUUGAACUCGAGAAAAUAAGCCUGAGCGCACCCAGUGCCAGCGUUAGCUACAGUUCACCUAGCAUCAGUGUAAGUGCACCUAGCUACUCGCAAGGCUACAGCGCGUCGUACGGCGGCUCGGGCACCGGGCAGGUCGGCGUGUCCGGCGACAUCGGUGCGAGCGGCCAGACCGCCGUCGUCGGCUCCGUGCCCGUGCUCGGCUCAGUCGAGUUCAGCGGUAGAGUGCCGGCGUCCGGUUCUGUGUCUAUUUCCGGACAGUGCGGAUGCGGUUGCAACGCUUAAAGUAAAUGUAUUAUCACAAUAAAAGUAAGAUAUCAGUGA